CACACACACACACACACACACACCAUAUUGCACUUUUCACAACUCCCAGCUCCUGUGUUAGCAUCACACACUCCUUGGAGGACCUUUCUUUCCUUCUUUCUUCCAUGUGACUUGUUAUGGUGACUUGUUAUGUUCUGAAAGUGUUUAACUUUCCAGCAACUAGUCGAGAUGGAAGGGCUUUGACUUGCACCAGCCUGGGGUCACAUUAUGGUUCAGGGCCAAGCUGUCAACAUGAGUUUGAUGGACAUUUCCAAGAUCUUCUCCCUGUUGCAGCCUAAGGAGGAGGACGAGGACAACGAGCAGUGUCAGGCCUUGAACAACGCCGUGAGCAGCGACGACGUGACUCUUCUCUCCGAGCUUCUGUCUCAGGAGAGCUACAGGAGGUCUAUCAAUGCUCGAAGCGGCUGGGGGGUCCCGGUAACCCCCCUGCGCACUGCUGCUGCUCUGGGACACCUGAGGUGUUUGGAGUUGCUGUUGGAGCACGGUGCAGAGAUCGACAGCCUGGACGUGAAGGCCCAGACGCCUCUGUUCACAGCUGUCAGCGGGAAACAUCUGGACUGUGUGGUCGCCCUGCUGAAGGCCGGAGCAGAUCCCAACGGCAGCCAGUACAACAACUGCUCGCCGGUGCUGACCGCAGCCCGGGAGGGUGAUGUAGACGUGCUCCGAGAGCUGCUGCGCUUCGGAGCCGAAGUGGACGUCAAGCCCAAAGUCCCCGAGUGGGCCUCCAAUGCCACGGCCUGCAGGGGGCCCCUUUAUAUCACAGCUGUUUAUGGACACCUGGACUGCCUCAAGCUGCUCCUUCUCUACGGGGCCAACCCCAACUACAACUGCACAGAUGAGAAGAUGCUGGUGAGGAUAAAGCAGCCAAAGACAGUUCUGGAGGUGUGUCUGCGUUACGGCUGCGGAGUGGAGUACAUCCAGCUUCUCAUAGACUUUGGGGCAGACGUGUACCUGCCCACACUGAUUAUUGACAAGACCACAAAGCAGAACGAAGCUCUGAUUCUGUUGCUCAAAGAGAGAGUUUGUCCCAAAACGCUGAUGUCGCAGACUCGGCUUGCAAUUCGAAGACACCUCCCCUUUGCCAAUAAGGAGACUGCCAUUGACAGUUUGGAUGUUCCUCUGAUCCUGAGGAGCUACCUGAAACACUACACCUCUGAACACAUAUCGAAGUUUGUUACUACUAUUUAAAUAGAUAUAUUUGCUCUACGACGCUCAUUGAAGUGUCUUUGUCAAAUACAGAGAGAUGAU